UUGAAUAUGUACUUUGAAAAGACACACAACACGGCGUGGAAGUGUCAGGGAAGGAUCGGACUUCGGAGCGAAGAGAUAAGAAGCAAAAAUCCGAACUGCGGCCAAUCAGAGUCGUCGAGUCAACUGAUGGCAACGGUAUUUCGUUCUAGUGUUGAGCAUCACACACGUGUCGGUGAGGUUAUAUAAUUCAACCCAUGUGCAUCGAACUGUAUGUGUAUGUAUAGGUGAUCGAUCAUUUUCGCGCGUUUCGUCUGCUUGUGAAGUAGCGCGGUAAGUCGUCAGCAUAGUGUUGUUUAUCUAAUUUCCGUGGGCUAAAUAACAGAUAAAGAUAUAACUUAAUAGUAGCCGAGAAGUAGUGCAGUCGGAUGGUGUUUAAUGAGUUAUCACUGUACAGGUGUAAUGCAAAAUUGUUUGCUGUAUUUAAAUAUACGAAGUUGCUGGUGUCGAGACACUCUGUCAUUUAUCAGGGAGUGAAUUAGCAACGCUAAUGAGAUUAAACCCGCCUUGAACCCCUUUCAUAAAUUAUUUCCCACCUUAGUAUCCGAUGACUAUACCUUUGAACUGUCGGUUAGUCGAAUCGUUAGAAGUGUGAUAAUCAUCGAUCAAAGUAAAAUGCAGAAAACGGUGGAAACAGUGGGCUCGCAGCGAUCUCAUACAAUGUUUUCUGACUUGCUCGAAGAACGGCGAGUAUCAAGCGAUGUUAUGUGGAUGUUUCGACCACUUCAUCCUGUUUUUCCCCAUAAAUUGCCUAGUGCUCUGCGAUAUUCCAGGGAGCAAACUAUCGAAGCAAUCCUGGGCAGUCCCAGGAUAGUUUUAAUGAUUCAAGCUCUAGCCAGUAGCAGGAAAGUUCCUGUCUCCGUUGUGAUAAAUGAGGCUCGUGAAAUGUUGGAGGAAAUGGCAGGUGCGCCAAACUUGUCAACGAUCAGGUGUCUAGGUAUACUAGUGACAAAAGGCUUGAAGAGGAUACUCAAGAGUGUUCGAGUAAAUCAGACUUUUCUGUUGGAUCUUAGAGAAAAAAUGCGUGACGACACGGUGCAGUACGUUUACGUACCAACUCACCGAAGUUAUUUAGACUUUAUAUUAUGGUCGUACGUACUUUUCUCUAACGAUAUGGCUAUACCAAACAUAGCUAGUGGGAUGGACUUUUAUCGAAUGCAAGUCGUUGGUGAACUGUUGCGUAAAACAGGAGCGUUUUAUAUGCGCCGCAGUUUUUCCACUGACCAAUUGUACAAGGAAGUAUUCAAAGCAUACAUAUCGUCCAUCGUGAUACAUAGCGAAAGGGCUAUAGAAUUUUUUAUUGAGGGUACGCGUAGCAGGAGCCAGAAAAGUUUGGCACCAAAAUAUGGUUUACUUGGGAUGAUUUUAGAUGCUUUAUGGAAAGCGGAAGUGCCCGAUAUUAAAUUUGUUCCAGUGAGUAUUACGUACGAUCGUCCAUUGGAGGAGCUAUUAUUUGCGUACGAAUUAUUGGGAGUUCCCAAACCGCCAGAAUCCACAACAGGACUUUUUAAAUCGUUGUCAGUUUUGCAAGAAGCAUGUGCCUAUGGAAAUGCAUAUAUUAAUGUAGCACCGCCUAUUUCAGCACGUCAAUUUCUUGACGUUGAUUCCCUCAGGAAAAGUGCUUUAUCUCCGUAUUCUAAACUGUCAACCAAAGUUGUCACUGGAUUGGCAUAUUCAAUUAUUGACAGUCAAAAAUGUCACACCCCACUUUCACCGUUCAAUCUUAUAGCUUUGCUUUUUAAUGAAAGGGUACAUUCCCAUCCUAGAAAGUCUUAUAUUCUUGAAACUUUAUUAGCUGAUUAUUGUUGGCUCAAAGAGAUCUUCACUCGUGCAAUAAAGGCUCUAGUUCAUCCUGGAGGGAACAAACCUGGAAGCGAUGUGAAUGACGAAGAUGUGAAAAUUGAAGUAUUAGAUUCCCUGUUUACACAUCGCGAGCUGCUUAAGUUUGAUCCAUGUGGUGAAUUAAUGCUGAUGGAAAGACACAGAGAAUCCCAAGCCUGCGAUCCAAGAAAAGUGAAAGGUCAUGUGUUGACUGAAAGAACUAUGCGUUUAGCUGUGCCAGCAAUUAAUAUGGCAACCUACAUGAAUCCCGCAAUGGCAUUCUUGGCUAAGCCAGCUUUAGUAGCAGUAUCUAUUGUCAAAUUUGGUACUAGUGAAGAGUCAACAUUCGCAAGGUUUACAAUUCUCAGAGAAUUGCUUUGUACCGAAUUUGCGCUUGUUUCUGAAAAACCUGUAGCUACGGCAGAAUGGGAGGAAGGAUUAUCCUUCCUAAUAGCUGAGGAUUGCGUACGCCUUGAGAACAAUUCUUUGGUGACGGGGAAUAACAGUAAACUUUUCUCUCUCCUACAAAAUCUCUUGUUGCCUUUCCUGGCUGCUUCUCAUGUCACGUGCACUAUACUCUAUCAGUGGAACGAUGAAAUGGGUGAAGCCAAAGAAUGCUACAUAUUGAAAAACACACAAAAACAGACAGAGUUGUUAUUAUUCGAGGGUCAAGGAAUAUUCAGAUUCCCUUAUUCUUUAUCUCUCGAUCUUUAUACUUCUACACUUGUCAGCCUUGUUUCGAUGGGCAUUAUUAACUCAUCUGGAAGACCACCAAACACAGUAUACUCCCCAGACAAAAUACGCCUAGGCGCAUUAAUUUCAGAAUUAGACAAUUUGAAGUUACUCAGUCCUCCUGGAUCAUACCUUGAUAUCAGAAUGUUGCCAGCCGCACAUGCUUCAUCUGUCCCUCAAUCAAAGCUAUAAUUUGGCUUUGUUCGCAGCAUCACAGUUCUAUCAAUUUUAAGUAUGAGAAUUCUUGACCAUUGUUUGAAUGCGAAGGAGAUUUCUUGGUAUAAGUCCACAGUUUUAUCAAUUAUACAUAUGUUUUAUUUAUUAAGGCCCUUGCUAUGAGUAUUGAGUAGCAUUUAGUCCAAUAUUACAAAUAUUAGGUGAGUCAGGCUACCCACGUUUCGGGUUUCUAAAAAAUUUCUGGUUUCCUUAAGAUUUCGGGUUUCCCGAAAAACCCAGGCUUCCAGAAUAUUUCACAUUUCCCGACCAUUACCGGAUCGCCGAAAAAUCCGAUCCAAUAAAAAACCCGUUCGGAACCUGAACUUUUUUUCACGAGAUUUCGGGAACUCGCACAGCUCUAAUAUGUAUACGUAUGUAUAUGUAUAUGGUAUCUCUUCACUAGCUUGCAAUAUCAUAUAGGUCGAUUCGUAAAGUUUCAUGAAUUUAAGAGACUGAUUAUUUCACAGAAUUUUAUAAAAUGUCACAUACUAAUUCGUAUUAUAUGU